AUGAUCGAGCAAUUUCUUAUAUUUAGACCUAGUGGAGUUGUCGAGUUUAACUAUCAACCAGGAAAGAACCUAGUUUCAGUUACAAAUGCGUUCAUUGAGGAUGUACUGAUAUUGGAGAGAAAAUUCGUGCCGGUUGAAGGAGCUGAGGACGAAUCACAGAAUCAUGAAGAAGACUUUGCUGCUGAAGAAGAGAAGCAGAGUGUUGAAAAUUCCGGUAUAGAGGAUAUUAACAAUACAUUCGGCACAUAUUCACAUGAUAGGUACAGUUUGAAGUACCUUAUUUGGACGCAAAAUGAAGAGAAAUUGUUCUUUGCGAUGGUUUAUCCAACUUUACUCACGGUUAAGAAGCCGUACGAGUUUUUGCGUAACAUCAAGCUUUUAUGGGAUAACACCGAUGAUAAAGACAAGUUUUCACAAUUUUUCAAUUUGAAAGUACAAGAGGUUCAAGACGUGAGAAGAAUAGAUACUGAACAUGAUGUCUCUAAUUCAGAGGAGAGAAAGGAACCGAUUAGUUUUACAUCAAGGAAAGUAAAGGAGUAUAGAAAAUCCAAAAAGGGUAAAAGAUCAAGAAAGUGGAAUGAGGAUGGAACAUUCUAUGAAGAUCAGGCAGAUGGAGAUGACGCUAAGGCCCUUGAUUUCUCGGGUGAUUCUGGAUCCUACCAGCAAAACGCCAACUUGAGCCAACUAGUGGGAGACAAAGCUCGCUUCGGAACCAGGACCAAAUCCGGUGAAUUUUUAGUCAGUGAUUUAUCUGAAGAGAUGGAUAGGAUUCUCUCGGAAAGUAAACCGAAGAAGAGUGAUUCCACUGGUGACUCAGCUGCCGGCUCUUCCUCCUCGCAUUCAUUUGGAUUUCUUAGAAAUAUAAUUGGAGGGAAAAAGAUCCAAAAGGAGGACGUGAAGAAGGUCAAGAAUGCACUUUCGGAACAUUUGAUAAAGAAGAAUGUGGCGCCGAAUGUUGCCAACUCUUUGAUCUUUGAGAUCGAAAAACAGCUUGUCGGCUCAACAACCGCAAGUUUUACUAGUGUUGAAGAGACGGCUAAGAAAUCUCUUGAAAAGCAGCUAAUUAAACUUUUGACCCCCAACUCUUCCAUUGAUCUUCUUAACGAGAUUCAGAAUAAGCAGUCCAGAGAGGAAGGCCCAUACGUUAUUUCAGUUGUUGGUGUAAACGGAGUGGGAAAGUCAACUAAUUUGUCCAAAUUGGCCUACUGGUUCUUGCAAAAUAAUUAUCGCGUACUCAUUACCGCUUGCGAUACGUUUAGAUCAGGUGCAGUGGAGCAGCUCAGAACUCAUGUGAAUAACCUUUCCAACUUGUCCCAGGAAAAGCAUCAAAUCGAGCUAUUUGAAGGAGGAUAUGGAGGCUCAGAUUUGGUGGCCAAGAUUGCCACUGGUGCCAUUCAAUAUGCCAAGGAUCAUCAAUUUGACAUAGUUUUGCUUGAUACUGCUGGAAGGAGGCAUAAUGAUGCGCAAUUGAUGACACCUCUAGCCUCCUUUGCAAGAGCUGCGAAUCCCGAUAAGAUUAUUAUGGUUGGAGAGGCAUUGGUGGGUACAGACUCUGUUAUGCAGGCCAAGAACUUUGAUAAGGCCUUUGGUGCUAAUAGACAUCUUGAUUUUUUCAUUAUCUCCAAGUGUGAUACCGUUGGUGAUAUGAUCGGCUCGAUGGUUAAUAUGGUCUUUGCUACGGGUAUACCGAUUUUGUUUGUUGGAACGGGCCAAACUUACACUGAUCUAAGAACUUUAAGCGUGGAGUGGGCUGUGAACAUGCUGAUGUCGUGA